CAAUCAGUGACGUUGUUUUCUUACGAGAAACAUUGGGCCCAAUGCAUGUAGUUGCGCCCAACAGACCCUUACUCAUGUCAUCAUAAAUUAUGUAUGUAUUGACUGUACGUGCAGUUGAUAAGAUCACGCGUCCUUCCCCUGUCACAGUGGAGUUAGACGACCACCUCGCACACACAGCUUACAGUUACAAUAGUGCUAUUGGUGCAUUAGGCUGUAACAUAUCAGGGAUUUGUUGAUAUUUGUUGUAGCAUACCAGAAGAAGCCAUUAUGAACAUACAUUGUUUUGUUGGAGUAAGUGUGCUGCUGUUUGGACAUCUGGUCUCAGCACAUGGCGUUUCAUAUUGCCACAAUGACGGUAUGACCUUUAUGUGCAGCUAUGGAUGUUGCGGGGACUCUAGCCAGCAAUACUGCUGUAGCAGCGGAAACAAUGUCGAAACGACUGCAACGGUUGCACUUAUUAUCGGGAUCGUGUGCAGUGCUGUGUUGACGAUCGUCGUGAUUGUUGGAUUCGUCAUGUGUUGUGUCCGUUGCUGCAAGUCUUCUACAGGUCACCAAGGUCACCAAGGUCAAGUUGUUACCACCGGUCAACUGCUUGCUGUAUUACCUACUACUGGUUCAAACACUACCCCUGGUGCAUACAAUGCAGGGUACGUCUACCCACCUCAGCCUGCUCCAGGUACACACUACACUCAACCUGCAGGGACGGCACAACCUCCACCAUCUUACCCUCAUGGACCAGUUCCAGCAUACCCUACAGAAACAGGACAAGCCAAAGCUACGUCAGAGAGAGCCAGGACUUCUUAAAUCUGAUUAACCAACACCCCCCCCAGGAGGUGGGGUAGACUGUGUGCAACCAGCAUUAGAACACUAAACAAGCAUUGAAACGGCCCUAUACAUUAUAAUUAUAGCCUCAGAACCUUGUCACACGUGGUUGUGGUGGUUGUGUUCAGCACAUUUUGUCUCCAAAUAAAUGUUGAUCCAUGUCUCUAUUUAUGGAUAAUACUUAACAUAUUCUUUGUCAGACAACUCCACGAGUGCUUGGUUGUUUUGGGAUUUCAUGAAACGUAACAAUCAAUAAAUGGUAAAUAUAACCA